AUGCCAGAACAACUUGUGCUCCGUGCAACUCUCGAAGGUCACUCUGGAUGGGUUACUUCCCUUUCCACUGCUCCUGAGAACCCUGAUAUUCUUCUUUCCGGUUCUCGUGACAAGUCCAUCAUCUUGUGGAACUUGGUCCGUGAUGAUAUGAACUAUGGUAUCGCCCAGAGACGCUUGACCGGCCACAGUCACUUUGUUUCCGACUGUGCUCUUUCCUUCGACAGUCACUAUGCCUUGUCUGCCUCCUGGGAUAAGACCAUCCGUUUGUGGGAUCUUGAAAAGGGUGAAUGCACCCACCAAUUCGUUGGUCACAACAGUGAUGUCUUGUCCGUUUCCAUCUCCCCUGACAACCGCCAGGUUGUUUCUGGUUCUCGUGACAAGACCAUCAAGAUCUGGAACAUCAUCGGUAACUGCAAGUACACCAUCACCGACGGUGGUCACUCUGACUGGGUUUCUUGCGUUCGCUUCUCUCCUAACCCUGACAACCUCACCUUCGUCUCUGCUGGUUGGGACAAGGCCGUUAAGGUUUGGGACUUGGAGUCUUUCUCUCUCCGUACUUCUCACUACGGUCAUACCGGCUACGUUUCUGCUGUCACUAUCUCCCCUGAUGGCUCUCUUUGCGCUUCCGGUGGUAGAGACGGUACCUUGAUGCUCUGGGAUCUUAACGAAUCCACUCACCUCUACUCUUUGGAAGCUAAGGCUAACAUUAAUGCCCUUGUUUUCUCUCCCAACCGCUACUGGCUUUGCGCUGCUACUGGCUCUUCUAUCCGUAUCUUCGAUUUGGAAACUCAAGAGAAGGUUGAUGAGCUUACUGUCGACUUCGUCGGUGUCGGUAAGAAGAGCUCUGAGCCCGAGUGUGUUUCCCUUACCUGGUCCCCUGAUGGCCAAACUUUGUUCUCUGGCUGGACCGACAAUGUUAUUCGUGUUUGGCAAGUUACCAAGUAA